UUUCAGUGUGCCAUGUUUGGUGGUUGGUAGUGGUAUGUGCCCUACCAUUGAGUUCCCUGUAGUCCCGUACGUUCGCCGCGGUGGUGGGAAAGUGUCGUGGGGAUACGGUGGUCGUGAAUGACUCAAGUGGGACAGUGGUUUUUUACUUUUUUUACCCGCUGAUGCGGAAAAGUGGACUAUGUGUGACAUGCAGAAAAUGCCAACAAGAGAUGAUGAUUCUUGCGACGAAGACUCUGAGAUGAAUUUUGCUGCAUUCUCAGCAGUGGGAAAUGCUGGGACACACUUUGUGACGACUGGUGGCCAGUUGCCCGUCACAAAGUUGCAGCAAAAUGUCUCUAAUAACGGAACACUAUCUCAGUAUGUCUCUCAGGUGGUGGGCAUGGUGGGCGGGGUGAACAUGGGCGAGGGCGUGCAGUACGUGCGCGCCAUCGACGGCGGCGCCGCGCUGCAGGCCGCGCCGCAGCUGCUGUCCGUGCCCAUCGCGCUGCCGGGCGCCAAGCCGGGUGACCCGCAGUCGACCGUACAGAUCCAAGUUCUGAGUCCAAACCUGACACUCCAGCAACAACAACCCAAGUACCAGAUGCAAAUACCUAUUCAAGGCUUCCAACAAGGAGGAGCAGUUCUCACAGUAGCAUAUUCUCCAGAUGGCAGCGAUGGCGGAGGAAUUCAGCUUAUAGGAAACACAUUACCUGAAGGUACAUUCAGGAUGAGAUCAGGCCUCCAAGUAUUGGCAGCAUUGCCUCAGGAAAUGCAGCUUAUUCAUCAGCAACAAACACAAGAUAAUAAAGAUCAAAUACAGCAGAACAUACAACACCAGGUGUACAUAACGCCUAACAAUCAAAUAAUCAUCAACGGCCCAGAUACAAAGACGCUAAACAACAACACGAGCGCCAACAACAACAACACUGAUAUAAUUAUCAAGGAGGAGUGCGAAGAAAAUAACGAUGACGAGAGUUCUCAAAGCACCGAAGCAAGUGAUAGUAAAUCAUGGCAAUUGGGAACUUCUUCUCAAGAUAUUGUUAAAUAUCUCAACACAUUACCACCACAGCAAACCUUACCUGUCUCACUACAGCAGUUCUUACGACUCAAUCCUACUGAGAUUAAGAAAGACGAAACUCCCGAUGUAGAAAUGACAAAUGUAGAAAUUAAAAAGGAGGUUGUCACUGAAGCCGUUUUAGAUGAAGAUGGUACUAUUCGUAUUCAAAACAAGAAGAAGAAGAAAUACAAGAAGAAGCCACCUAAGCCCGCAAGGCCAAAGCCUGGUCAAGUAGUUAUAGCAACUGCAGCUGAUGGAACUCCCAUUUACUGCUGUCCAGAGUGCAACAUGGCUUACCCAGAAAAGAGUCAAUUAGAAAUGCAUCUAUCUGUACAUAAAAUUGAAAGGAGAUUUAUUUGUGGGAUUUGUGGAGCUGGCUUAAAGCGUAAGGAGCAUUUGGAAAGGCACAAGCUUGGACACAACCCAGAGCGGCCCUACGUUUGUGGGGCCUGCGGGAAGGGCUUUAAGCGACGCGAACAUCUCAACCUGCACGCUGUCAUACACUCCGGCGUUAAGACCGAGCUCUGCGGGCAGUGCGGCAAAGGUUUUUACCGCAAGGACCAUCUCCGUAAACACACGCGGUCGCACGAGACCAAGCGAGCAAGAGACGAGGCUAAUAACGAUGUGAUAGAAGUUAAAAACCAGGCUUCGUCACCAACUUCCAAUACUUCAAACAUUUCUACUAACACGAACACUAUUUUGCCAGAGAUUACAAUUCAUGUGCCGACGAGCUCGAACAUGGCGAUGCCGGUGCAGAUCAACAUCCCGCAGCACGUGAUGUCGUCGCUGGCCGCCGCGCAGGUCGCGCACGACGCGCACAGCGACGCGCACGCGCAGCUCGACGCGCUGCUCGCGCACCACUCGUGACCGUCUGCAUAUGAAGACAUCUCUACAGAGGCGAGCGGAACCUCCGCGUAGACAUCUCUAGUAAUUUUAAUCGAAUGAAGGAUAAUAUUCUAUUUUAAUUACAUGUACCUAUUGAUAAAAUUAUUCGAUCGUUUUUAAAGUCCACUCAAAUCGUUGUCCAAAAUAAUGUAUUAAUAUCUCCAUCACGUAACAUUUAAUAUUCGAUAAAAGCGUUUAUGUCAUUAUUAUAAAAAUAUCCUUUUUAAAUACUUUUUAAUCAUAAGUGUGUUGACAUUUUAUCGCUAUAAGGCCUUGCUUAUGAACGUUGUCGAGCGGGUGUUUAGUUAAACACUAAUAUGUCAGUUUUAUGCAAUAUUGGCUUGACAUUCGUAAGAAUGCAGCAUCAUUAAAGUAAUCACCCUCUAAACAACAUUUAUAGGAAAAGCUAUUAGUAUUUUCUGCACGUCGUAAUGUCAGAAUUAAGAAUCGAAAAUGUUUUACAAACAAUUUAAAUGCUUGCUAUCGUUUACUUGUUGUUACUUAACAUGAAAACAAAGUCCUUUGUUGUGUAAAUAUAGUAUUAUGUCAAUCAUUAACCAGAUAAAACUAAUAAUUUAAUUUAAAAAAAAAUGAAUAUGAUAUACAAAUGAAUAUAUCCGGCAAUGAAUUGUUGAAUGGUAAAUGUUGAUCGCUCCAAGAGUCGAUCAGCUGUAAGGAAACAGAAGACGAUCAUGUAAAAUAUUCGUAAGAGAAAGAACAUAUGGACUGAAAUGUAUUUUUACAUUUAUUAUAUAGACUUAAUCCACUCGUUGAAAUAUCGAAGCAUUGUUCUAAGUAAAUAGUUAUCAUACACGUGGAUUUCCAACGAAAGUUUAAUUUGAUGGAGUUUGCUACACGUUUUAGUGUAGUUUACCGUGAACACAAUUACUCUGGCAACUUGUAUUUAUGCUUAGCGCGGUAGGAACAUUAGGCAAUGUCAGCCAAUAAAAAAUAAUUGUGACAGAUAUUUUUAAACAAAACACAUUAAUAUAAUAAUCACUUAUGAACGGUUUGUCCAUCAAGACAUUUUUAAAUUAGGCCUCGUAACGUCGACAAUUUUACCAUCGGUAAGCAAAACGAUUCGUAUCCUAGGUGUAUGUAUUCAUAGCUGUUAUAAAGUUUAUCGAAAACUGUAGUUAUACCAUACAAUAAAUAUUCGACUACGGCAAAGUCAAAGGGACACGGUUUUAGCGAAUUAUGUCUUGUAUAGCCUAUUUCAAUGGACGUAGGAAAAAGAUAAACCUUAGAUGUACGUAUUUCAUGCGAUUUGUUAAUAACUCACUAAUGUUGUGUACUACUAAGAAUUUAUGAUUAAUAUAUUUUUAUUUUUAUUACUACACUAUUUCACUUAACCACUUAUUUCAAUUUUAUUCUACUUCAAAAAUUCCGAUAAGUUUCGUCGACAUUGAAUACGCCAUUUUUUCGCAAAUCCGUAGUGAAUAUCAUAGAUUAAUCAAGCCCUCGACCAAUGAUAUCGCGGCAAUUUGCUGUCAAAUGUUUUGCCAAAUUUAUUUGGCUUUUUUCCUGUUAUGGUUGGAACAGAGUAUAAGUACGUGUGCUACGGUGUUUGUAUGUAUGUUGAUCUGCACGUUUAUCUGCUAGAAUUAAUUCGCUUGGUUGUAUUUUCAAAAUUCGCUCGCGAAUAUUAUGGAAUUGCUAGCCCUAGGUAUUUUAUAUUUUUCUGCACAAUGACCAUGGUCCUUUUCAUCGUAUGCCUUGGUUAAUACUUUGUAGCAGUAAAAGUACAAUCGUAUUCUAUGAAUAAAAAUAUAUUAAAUAGAAAUAAAAUCGGUACGAUGUCGGCUUGUACGGAAAAGUGAAUAUUUAUCUGACAAAUUAUUUUUUUUGGCUGAUCAAUUAAAUUACGCGUACAUACAUAUCAAUUCAAUUAUGUAAUGAAACGUUUUCUAUCAUAAGGAUUCGCUUUUUCAAAUAAUUAUGCUUUUUAAUUAUGAUUGUAUAAAACUGUAGAUCUGCUUAGCUUUAUAGUUACUUGUCUUUUUAUACUGCUAUUCUUAGGCUCGUUUAUUGGCGUUUGCUCUUCAACUUUUGUAUGACAGUUAAUAUAUUCGAUCUUUAAAAUAACUCUGUAAAUAUUUUAAAAAAAAACUGCGAUUCAUUUUAACAUAAUGUAGCCGUGUUUUAAAAAUCAGUCUAGAUUUCACAUCUGUUAGACUUAGACUGUAUUUGAUUUAUAAAUAUGAAAUGCUUCUUAAACAAACUUCUGGUGAAUUAGAAGUGAUUUUAAGCCUAUGGGGUCGUUUUCAAUCCUUUGAUAAAAAACACUUGUUAGUGAAAACUACAACAUGUAAAUUUGUUUAAAAAAAAAAAAAACAUAUUAUGUAUACGUUAAUCGUUCCCCUGUUACAUAACACUCUGUGGUGCUGUUACGGUAAGAGCAUAGCAACUGUUGCGGAUUGAUUAAUGUAGCAGUCGAUAAAUCGCUAUUAUGGAGUAUUAUGCAUAGGUCCACAAUACUGAUUUAUAUUUUUUUUAUUUGAUUUGAUAUCAACAAAUAUUUUAUAGCAACAGUUGCUAUGCUAUAACCGCAAUAGCCCCACUAUGUGGGUUAAAUAUCACGUCAUGUACAGUGUGUCAAUAAAAGUAAUCGUAAUGGAAGUAAUAUUAAGUCAUAUCACUUUUGAUUAUAUAAUAUCAGUUUAUAAAAUCGAUAAAUCACUGUAUCAAUUUUACCGUAAAAAAGUAAGUUGGAUAGUUGAAUAUGUCUGAAAUAAAUUGAGAUCGUGUUACUCUUUUAAGUAAUUUGAAUGUUGUAUAUUUUAUUAAAUAAAGUAUCUUAUUAUCUUCAAAAUACAAUUUAAGUUAUCGGAUAAAACUUUAUAAAAAUAUCGUUUUUAAAUUAUAAUACUUGAGUACUAUUGGUAAAUAUAAGCUGAAUAAUGUUUUGAUUAUAAGAUACUUAAAUGACAAUAUUGGCUGGGAUCUAUUAUGCUUAAUUAGAAAUUUGCCGAAUUUCUGACUGCGAUGAUUUUAUCAAAAUGGCAAACUAAUAACUACUAAAGAAAAUGCUACACGCAUAAAGCAAGGAUAUAAAAAAAGGUUGAGUAACACAUUUACGUUCAGACUAUUCUUGUAUCCGUUCUAUUUUUAAAGUAUUGUACGUAUCGCUACGUUUAUUAAUUUAAGUUAUAACCUUCAAAAUGACAAAAAGUUGUUUACACACCCAACUUUACAUCACAAGAUAUUAACACAUCAGCUUUAAUAUAGAUGUAAAUUUGUUUUACGAAUUAUUUUUGUACUUAGUUAUAAGUUUAUAGGCAUCUUUUGGUUCAUGAUUUUUAUUCGGACCUAUGAUCAAAUUGAGGUGCUCUGAGGUAUUGUAUUGAGACAUUUUUUUUAAGAAUUUUGUAGAUAAGUUGUACAUUAUUAGUCGAUAAAAUUAGAUGCUAGUUCCGAAACAUUCAAUAACCUAAUCCUAGAUCGAAGAACAUAAUUAUAUUUUUCCAUUAUCUUCUUUUUUACUUAGUGUUGAUGUUUUUUUAAUGUAAAGCUAAAAAAAAUUUUCAUAACUUCAAUUGGUAAAAGUUAACCAAUUUAGAUUAUUAUUUUUAUACAUACUUUUUUAUCGUAGUUACAAGUAUUAUAAAAUUAAGGCAUAAUAAAUAGGCAAUCAACUUCUUAAUGGAGUUUAGAGGGUAAUUUUUGUAUGAAAACUUUUAUUUAUUAAUAAU